AUGUCGCCAGCACUCUUUCUUUGGGUCCGGAUGCCUAUGCUGCAUAAGCCGAGUGUGCGCUAUCGAGCGAAAUUGGCCAGUAACAACCCUGUCGGGUCUACCCGCAUGGAUCUCCCUGGUUGGGCUGCAUGGGUCAUGUGUGGUGCUGGAUUUACAGAAGAUCGGGCACAUAUUGGACCAGGUCCUUGUUGUGGUUAUCACAUUGGUGACGGUUACUUCUAUCUUUGGGGAUAUCAUCACCAGAUGGAUUUACAGACAAGUACUUUGCGAGCCCCGACGCUAAGCCUGCUUGGGGGGAAACGGGGCGGCGAUGUGGCAAUGCCACCUCACCACACCAUCCCCAUUAUUGCGUUCGACCCUCAAAAUCUCUCCUAUCGACACUCUUCUGGUGGCAUUAUCUUCGUCCCUCCCCGAGUAUCUCGGACGGCGACAUUCGGUCCUAAGAGACUCAUCCCUGCUCUUGAACCGCAUCGAUCGUGGGAGACUACGGAUUACUUUACGAAUGGUCCCCGACAGCCUCCUCCUCCUCCACCCCCCUCCCCUCCCCUCCCCAGUAUGCCGAUUAUGCUACUACCAACGAGUAGACUGUGCUUCGUUACUCUACUUACUCCUCUCACUCCUAUUGCUGCUGCUGGUACGGGGUGGGCACUUUGUCGGGACUUGACUGUGCCUCUGGUGAUUAGGUUAGAGGCCUUGCCCUUGUGUCUCUGGGUCGCCGUUGAGCUUGGACGCGGUCGCGGAGUGGAUGGUGUCUCCUUUGCACUCGCAGGGUAUGUACCAUGCAGCUGGUAUAGGGGAUCAACCGGCUUCGCCCUCAAAAUCGAGGAGCUACCGCCAGACUUGAUGUCCAAGAAUUGGACGCCAUUGCACUGGUCUACUGGAAGAGCAGCUGUGCUGGAAACCUCUUCCACCAAUGAUAUGGCCUCGCUGGCUCUGUAUAAAGGUACCGAAUCCGGACCUCUUUUGGGUCUCUUCUGCCAAGGCAAUCAUGAUCUGCUCGAGAAAUAUGAUGUCUCUUCUCUUCGUCAGCAGUACAGGCGUAGUUGCCUUGCUCUCGAUAGGGGUGCUUUGAUAGCCCAGUCGUGGGGCAAGUAUACUAUCAGCUCGGCUUUUCGUGCCGGAUGUCUCCUACCCUCGAUAGUACUCUCUGGAGCACAGUAUAGGGGUCAGCAGUGCAGAGACAUCCCUAUGAUCAGGAUCAUCGGCGCAGUAGGUCAUGCGUCCGGGUCAAGACAGCUCCUGAUCAAUGAUCACUUUGGACAUUCUCAGCAAUAUUCGUGGAAUAAGCAAAAUGAUGAGCCAGUAUGGGGCGUGGCAUGUUUCAUGCUACAGUAUAUCACUAAAGAUGGUUUAGCAGCCCUCCAAUAUCCAAGCAGGGCCGUCAUUGCUAUAUGCUGUCCUUACCCACCCCAGAAUCGUGCUAGAGAAUGUUUUAGGUGUGCAGCUGAUGUGUCGCAAGGGUCUGAGAAGGAAGGCACUGUUGACACAACACAUCGUUAUCAUGCAGAGAGGCUAGGUAGGUUCGCCAGUGGACCCCGUAGUUUGGAAGACUGCGAGCCCUUCAAAACGAUCCAGAAUGUACUCCCUACUCGGGCGCUGCUGCUGAAGAAGAGCACAACGUACGCGGGCCAGAACAUUCACUUGACCAAAGACGAGCAGUGCUGGAAGACAGGCAGCGGAUGUCUUGAUGAGAGAAGACCCAUCUGGAGUCGCUCUAAGCCAGUGAUAGAGACUGGUACAGCCUUGUUUCACCGAAUAGUCCAGCUGCUGCACCGUUCACGAAAUAGAUUAUCAAAUCAAUUGAUGAAGCCAGUCACGACAGCUAAGUCGGAAGGAUGUUCUGCAUGUUUCUAG